CCUGCGUUAGAUGCCGUUCACACCGAACGUUUGUUUGUUAAUUUGUUUUUAAAUGGUCUUUGACCGUUGUCAAGUUAAAAAGAACGGCAACUUUUAAAAACGCGUCUCAAGACACAUGAGUUCUAUUAUAAUCGUUGCGCUGCGUCGCGGUUGUUUUUUUUUUUAAAUGCAAGAACAAGUUCGGUGUGAACAGCCCCUCUGAACUCUGGUAAGGUGGUUCCAUGUUAUUGCACGAUCUUGGUGUUAGCGAUUACGUUGCAAUGUUUUCUGUACCACGGUGGUGCACCUGCUAGAAGGUAGUCGUUGCGCAUAUUUUUGAUUAACAUUGAAACUCGCGAUUAAAUUAAAUUUGUCGACGUUUUUUUAGUAGCAUGUCGACGGAGGAUUUGUCCACUUCUGACAGCGAGGCUGCCUUCGCUGGAGCCGGGGUGCGAUGGGCGCCCGUAGGAGCGGUGGCCAGUCCGGAGGAUGAGCAGUGGAAGCGCGACACGCAGGCUGGAGCAGUGUCGUCCAGCGAGACAGACAUGGUAGCGAAGCUGCGAAAGCUAGAGGGAGAGCAGGAGCAGCUGAACUCGUCGCUCCUCGCCCUAACCUCACACUUUGCUCAAGUGCAGUUUCGACUCAAACAGAUUGUCCAUGCUCAAAGCGAGGAGAAAGAGAGGAUGCUGCUGGAGCUGGAGGAGUUCGCAUUUAAAGGAUGCCCUCAUGUCAUCGGGUGCAGGGCACAGGACGCCCAGAUGUUGGAGAAAUCUAGUGAAAGGGAGAAGAGGGAGCGUUUGGAAGCUCAGAGACAGAAGCAGAAGGAACUGAUUUUCCAGCUAAAGACCCAACUCGACGAUCUGGAACGCUUCGCCUACCAGGAGGGCAGCUAUGACUCAUUGCCUCAGUCUGUCGUCAUGGAGAGACAGAGGGUAAUCAUUGAUGAGCUGAUUAAGAAGCUGGACGUGAACCUGAAUGAAGACAUUGGGAACCUUACUCCAGAGGAGCUUCGACAGAGAGUGGACGCUGCCAUAGCUCAGAUAGUCAACCCGGCCAGAGUCAAAGAGCAGCUAGUUGAGCAGCUCAAGACCCAGAUUAGAGACUUGGAGAUGUUCAUUAACUUCAUACAGGAUGAGGUGGGGAACCCUCUUUUAAAUGAUGGUGCAAACAGCCAACAGCCCCGAGCAGCUGGACCAAACACUGGAGCCACUAGAGGGAUGAAACGAGUGGACCCUGAACAGGCUCAGAGGAUGCGAGAAACUGGUCUUCAGCUGAUCCAGAAAGCCUUAGCUGUGCUGCAGAUCUUUGCUUUGAGCCAGUUUGGAUGUGCUGCGGGCCAUGUGCCCCAAAAUGUGUGGUCUCAUGGGGGUGAGCCUCAAGAUUUCAGCCCUCUGUUGCAGAAACUGGAAGGAGCUGUGGAGCGUGUACGUCUCCAAGCCUCUCGCAACCAGCCGGCCUCUCAGGAGGAACACGUGGUCAGUUACUACACCUGCCUGUCACCGGGAGGACAUCGGGACGAACUCACCGCUUCGGUGCGCAAAGAGUUGGCAAUGGCACUGCGGGACCUGCUGGCCCACGGCCUGUACGCUCCUUCUCAGGGCAUGAGCCUGGUGCUGGCCCCCAUUUCCUGCCUGUUGCCCUUCAGUGCUUCUCCACAGACAUUGCAUCCAUGGGAACUCUUUGUCAAGUUCUACCACUCCAAAAAUGGCCAGGCUUUUGUCGAGUCCCCCGCCCGCCAACUCUCACAAUCCUAUAGUUUGCCUGUAGGGGAUGGUCCUGUGACGGUCACACCCAAGCAGUCUCUGUUAUGGGCCAUUCAUACAGUGCUUAAAGAGCAUGGACGAUAUAAACGUAGUGCAGACUCAGAGUUUAAGGCCUUAGUGUGCAUGGCACUCAAUGAGCAGAGGCUUGUGUCCUGGCUCAACCUGCUGUGCAAGUCUGGAACACUAAUGCACUCGCAUUACCAGCCAUGGAGCUACAUGGCGCAGACGGGCUUUGAGGGUGCCCUGCGCAUACUGGGCUGCCUCAGCCAUCUUAAAUUCAGCCUUCCUGUUGACUUGGCUGUCAGGCAGCUGAAAAAUAUUAAAGAUGCUUUUUAAGUAAACUAAAAUGACAUGUAGGAAGUUUGUGUAAUAUAAUAAGGGUAUACAGCAAAGUAUGUUCAAUAAGAGGUACUCUGAGAUAAAUAAGUACUCUGGAAUAAGAACAAUUAAUAUGGAAGUAAUUUCGAAAUAAUGCAACUCAUGCACUUUUUUUGAGGUUCUAUGUUGAUACUGGCCCACAUGUCUCCCAUUUUUAAUAACUGAAGAGGAUGAUGAAGGCAAAUGCUGCAUUAGUCACACCUCAGGAUUUUUGCUCAGUUCAGUGACCCUGAGCAUGUCACUGCCUCCACCUUUGACACACUUUGUUAUGCUUAUGCAUAAACAUGUAAGCAUUGAGCGGAUUUGUUAUGUCCAGCUUUUACCAAAAUCAAUAACUACUGAAUGUAGAUUUAUUACUUGAACACUUCUCAAGGACCAUGUUGAAGGUCGUUGUGUAUGUUGGAGAUCAUCUACUGUAUCUACAUAAGGUAAACAUGAUCUAAAGGGAAGUAUUAAAGAGAUAGUUCACCCAAAAAGGAAAAUUCUCUCAUUUACUCACCCUCAUGCCAUUCCAGAUGUGUUUGACUUUCUUCUGCUGAACACAGAGAUUUUUGAAGAAUCUCUCAGCUCUGUUGGUCCUUACAAUGCAAGUGAAUGGUGACCAGACCUUUUGA